CGAAUGUGGAGAAGAGGGGCUGAUUCUGAUGGAUUUGUUGCAAAUUUUGUGGAAAGUGAGCAAAUUAUCCAGCUGAAAGGGUAUACAGCAUCAUUUGUUCAGGUCAGAGGGUCAAUCCCAUUACUAUGGAAUCAGAUUGUUGAUUUAACAUAUAAGCCCAAGUUUGAGAUAGUGAGAAUUAUAGAAGCACCUAGAGUUGUUGAGCGACACUACCUGGAUCUGAGAAAGAAGUACGGAAAUGUUUUAUCAAUUGAUCUUGUCAAUAAGCAUGGAGGAGAAGGACGCCUAAGUGAAAAGUUUGCGAAUGCAAUGCAGCAUGUUGUUGGUGACGAUGACAGAUACUUGCACUUUGAUUUUCACCACAUAUGUGGGCACGUUCAUUUUGAACGUCUUUCUAUCCUCUAUGAUCAAAUUGAGGAUUUCUUCAUUAAAAAUAGGUACUUUCUAUUAAAUGAGAAAGGUGAGAAAGUUGAGCUGCAACUCGGAGUUGUGAGGACCAACUGCAUUGACUGCUUAGACCGUACAAAUGUAACUCAGAGCAUGCUAGGUCGGAAAAUGCUGGAAUUCCAACUCAGAAGGCUUGGUACUUUCGAUGCAGAAGAAACUAUUAGCUCACACCCCAACCUUGAUGAAAACUUCAAAAUCUUGUGGGCCAAUCAUGGGGAUGAUAUAAGCAUCCAGUAUUCUGGUACUCCAGCUUUAAAGGGAGAUUUUGUCAG